GAAUUCAAAGCUAUAAACCUCCAGUACCUACUGCUCAAAAUUCAACAAAUUCAACAAAUUCAGAGCAAAUUAAUACUUCUUCAAAUAAAGUAACCGAGGAAACUUCCAAUCAAUCAACACCCACUUCAGAAUUACAUGAAUAUGGCUGUGCAGCACGUAUUAUUCGUCUGGAAAGAUCGGUCGGAGGAAUUGGGGGCAGAUUCUUUGUAGUUGUGGAAGGUAUUGCUCGAAUACACAUCGACCAGUACGUUUUUGGUAAACCUUACCUCGAAGCUGAGGUAACUGUAUAUCCAGAACCAGUUAUACCAAAUGACGAUCAAGAAUUGCAAGAUUUAGCCAUUUCCUUAAAGUCAACUGGCCGUGAACUUUUUAUUAUUUUACAAGAUUUAAAGCUUCCUGUACAAAUGCUAACACAGCUUCAGAAAUUCAUCGAUGGUGCUUCUCCUGGAUCAUUGGCAGAUUUAUUGGUCAGCACGAUCGAACCCCCUUAUGAAGAAAAAUUGAAAAUUUUAGAUGCUCCCGAUUUAAAAAGCAGAAUGACUGCUGCCAUAGAUAUCUUGACUAGACAAAUACAUAUUCUAAAAAUUACACAAAAAAUUCAUUCCACUGUCGAAGGAAAGCUUGAUAAGAAACAUAAAGAAUUCUAUUUAAGACAACAA